UACAACAUUCCUCGCCCCCAGAUCAUAAUCGCCACCAAGUGCAAUGGCCUCGUCGCCAACGAUCCUUCCAUCCAAGGAUUCCUCAUGCCUCAUUUCAAAAAGCUGCCCGAGUACGUUAACCAAUCUGGCCUGUCUCGUGCUGCAAUCUUCAAUGCUGUCGACGCGUCCCUUGCUCGUCUCGAGACCCCAUACAUCGAUCUCUUGCAGAUCCACCGCUUCGACCCUUCAGUCACCCCUGAGGAGACCAUGAAAGCACUUCACGACCUCGUGCAGAGCGGUAAAGUCCGUUAUAUCGGUGCUAGCUCCAUGCGCUGCUGGCAGUUUGCUAUGUUGAAUGAUGUGGCCGUUCGCAAUGGUUGGACAACGUUCGUCAGCAUGCAGGAUGAGUACUCGCUACUCUACCGCGAGGAGGAACGAGAAAUGCUCGCUUAUUGCAAACACAACGGUAUCGGUGUCAUACCCUGGGCUCCUCUAGCUUCUGGUGUGCUCGCCCGUCCCGUUGGCACAGAGACGACGCGUCUCAAUUCUACCAAGGGAACUAUUUGGGAGAAAAAGUUGAGCAGUGCAGACGCGACUAUCGUCAACCGCGUCGAAGAGCUUGCCAAGAAGAAGAAUUGCAAGAUGAGCCAGAUUGCGCUGGCCUGGGUUGCAUCAAAGGUGUCGAGUCCCAUCGUAGGUAUCAGCUCUGUACAGAGGUUGCAGGAGAGUAUCAUUGAGGAAAUUGAGCUCACCCCGGAGGAAAUAAAAUACCUGGAGGAGCCGCCCAAGGCCAUCCGUGGCCACCUUUAGGUGAUCGUGGCCAACCUAGAUGUCAGCCAAACUUUGUAGCACUGUAUUACCACCAUCACCGCAAUGCAUUGAGUGGAGAAUGA